UGUCAGGAACACAGAGUCAGUGAGCGUGCGUGGGGAAGCAGGGCGGUCAUCCUGAGCGCAGGGACCCACCGACGGCUCCGCGCUCUGGAUGCGCCAAGCUGUUAUACCAGCCGUCAAAGCGAGGCACCUCCCAGCUUCUUUCACCUUGGGAAUCUGCAGCCAAAGCAAAAACAGAUUUACGAACUGCAUCUAUUUUAUAGUUCAAAUAAUAAAAAGCUGCAGCGCUUCACUUACCCUGACAAAGAAAGAACACCAGGCCAGCAGCUGCACACACUCUGCAGACCCAUUUACGCAAACCCAUUGAUGCGAGAGGCGCUUCUUGCCUCAGGAUGAAGCCAAGAGGAAAGAAGGACUUCUGAAAAGUGAAGACUACGUGCAGCCUUCCAGUCAUCGCUGUCUUCAUCUCCUCCUCCUCCUGUGACAGGAGGGGUCCACAUGUAUAAAGGAAGAGAACAUUUCCAGCGACAGACUUCACGCCUUUCUUCUUCACUCAUUUUCCUGCACAUCUCAGUCUCGGCUGAAUCCUUAGAUCAGAAGCUAAGAUGACUUUCUACGACGACAUUUACCCGUUCUACCCGCAACAAAGGACUGCCUUCAUCAUCAGCGGCCGAUUGCUCGCCAUUAUUCUGGUCUUCCUCAUCCUGGCAGUCAGUCUUCUUCUCAUCCUGCCUGGAAUACGAGGAAGGGCGCGGGUCUUCUGGAUGUUCAGGAUACUCAUCAGCUUGUUCAUAGGUGUGGUUAUAGUGGCUCUGAACUUCACUAACAGCUGGGCCGAGGCGAGGAUGACCACAAACGCUACCUACAAGUCCUUCAGUAAUGCCGUCAUCCAGGCUGAGGUUGGCCUGCAUGUUGGGCUGUACGGCAUAAACGUGACGCUUAGAGGCAAUCCCAUCAUACAGUUCAAUGAGACCAUUAACUACAAUGAGAUGUUCAGCUGGCAUGAAAUAGUUGAAGAAGAGUAUGAGCAAGCUCUGCGGAAGGGUUUACCCAACCCCAUCCUCUACAUCCUGGAAAAAUUCACCCUGAGCAGCCCCUGUGGUCUGAUCUUUCAGUACAGAUACUCCGGGCGAUUCGCCUCUGCAACUCUCUGGACAGCAUUUUGCUGCUGGAUCGUCGCCAACAUCCUCUUCUCCUUACCGGUCGUUUUGUACGCCGGGUACAUGACCAUGGCCACUGCCGCCUGCAUCUUCUUCUCCAUGGCGUCCUUCUCCACCAUCAUGAAUGUGCCUCGGUGUGUUUUCUCCCUAGGUGAAGACUCCUUUGUGACGGAGUACAGCCAUUCAUUUUGGCUGGCUCUGGCUACAGGACUGCUGUGCACCAUCAUCGGGAUUUCUGUGGUGAUGCUGAACUUUCUGAUGCCAGACAAGAUAAAAGCAGCUUUCAGCGUUGGAUUGGACAGCUGUGAGGAUGAGGACCAGCCUCGUCGAGAAGGUUACCUGAACUCACUUUUCCUGAGUGGGGAGACGUAUUUACCACUGACCCCUAAAGUUAUACCAGAGCAUCUAUGAAGCCAUCAAACGCUCUCCUGUAAUCCCUACUUGAAUAUUUUUUGGUCGAAUAUGUUACAAAACAUUUCUAACCAUGUUAGCCUGUUUUUGUGUUAAACUGUAAAUACAUGUCUAUAUUUUUAACGUCUUAAAAGGGAAACUGAAAGCAAUGUUUUUUUUUUAUACUGUGUAAGUUUUACAGUAAUAUAUUUUAAUACAUUAAUCUUAACUCAUUUCAAAUUACUUUAAAAACUAUUUAUGUAUCAGAGGUUAUUGUGAAACAUUAAUUUUGGCACAUGUUUGUUGGUUUUAAUAGGAGAAAAAAAGAAGUUUUCUGUAUUUAUUGUUGCUUUUUUUUAAGUUUUCAGGAUGUUUUCUGCAGCAAAGUGUUAAUAAAAGAAAAACAAACACAA